CCACUCUUUUCCUUCCUGGCUGCUUGAAGAUCAGCCGCCAUUAUGAACGACACGGUAACUAUCCGGACAAGGAAGUUCAUGACCAACCGACUACUUCAGCGGAAACAAAUGGUCAUCGAUGUCCUUCAUCCUGGGAAGGCAACAGUACCUAAGACAGAAGUUCGGGAAAAACUAGCCAAAAUGUACAAGACCACACCAGAUGUCAUCUUUGUGUUUGGAUUCCGAACCCACUUUGGUGGUGGCAAGACAACUGGCUUUGGCAUGAUUUACGAUUCCUUGGAUUACGCAAAGAAGAAUGAGCCCAAACACAGGCUUGCAAGACAUGGCCUGUAUGAGAAGAAAAAAACCUCGAGAAAACAGCGAAAGGAACGCAAGAACAGAAUGAAGAAAGUCAGGGGGACUGCAAAGGCCAAUGCUGGUGCUGGCAAAAAGAAGUGAGCUGGAGAUUGGACAAC